AUAUAGUUUGGAUACAUAGGUUGACAUUUUAUUUAUAUGGAAAAGAUAUUUGUAUUGAAUCUUGCAUGAGGUAGGCUUAGUUUAGUUUAUUGAAAUUACAUUUGUAUUGGCAAGAAUGGUUUGGAUACAUAUGCUUUGUAUUUUGCAUCUAGUAGGCGUACUUUAGUUUAUUUGUAUUGAAAAGAUAAUCGUGUUGACAAGAAAGCUUUCUUUCAAAAUUGUUAGGAUGGUUUGGCUUCUCGAUGAUCACUGGGACAAACAACACCGGUCGUACGCUAUGGCGGUGGAGCAGCGGGCGCUUGCACUUUUGAAGCUUCGUUCUCACGGGGUCACCCUUGGGUGGAUGCGCUAUGAUGAGCGAUACACACCGUAUGUAAGGGAGACAGGACUUCUCCCUUUCAUUCAUAUGCCUCCGGAACCAGCAGCAGAAAACAAGAAGAAGGAAAGAGUCGCAGCCAGUGCUACUUUCACGUGGAUUACUGAGCACUUUGGUACUUGCCCACCGGAAGCUGAUGAGGACACGGUCAAGAUAUAUGCUCGUGUCUACAUGUGGUAUGUGAUAUCCAGGACCAUGUUUGCUGAUGGCACAAGCAAGAAUGCUCCAUGGAUGUGGCUGAAGGCGUUGACCGUCUUCGAUAGCAAAUGGAGUUGGGGUUCGGCGACACUGGCUUACUUGUAUAGACAGUUGGACGAAGCCUGUUGUAGGUCAUCUGGAGGUAUUGGUGGUUGUUUGCUCGCACUUUCCAUAUGGAGCUGGGAGCGUUUGCCGGUUGGACGUCCGAAGAAGGUGAAGUACGAUGAUUGGGACGACAAAGGCGACCUACUACGGCUACCCACUUGGGCUUACAAGUGGGAUGUGAUAAAUGAGACGACAGAUGAUCCCUCGGUCAUGUACAAGUUGUACCAGAGUGAGCUUGACGCGAUCACGCCUGAGCAGGCACAUCCGCCGGAGUGGGAGGACACGGACAAGUUGCUACACAACAACUAUCUCACAUGGUUUCUUGCAAGUACCCGUGUGGAGGUAUGCAAGCCGGCGUAUGCUGAGGAGAUUUUGGAAGAACCCACUGUUUUUGAUGAGGUAGCCCAACACCAGUACAACGCAUUAGUCAGGAAAGGCAACUCAGUGAUCCCUUCAGCUCCAAUGAUGAACUUUGUUGCUGAUGAUGAUAUGACCUUGGGGACGUAUCAGGUUAGGUCUAGAUACAUGCUAAAGCCUAGAAAGGAAAUCAACAAGUACACACCUGAAGACUUCACCGAAAGAGGCAAAAGGACGGUCGACACCUCACGGAUGGCGGCUUUGGAUGACUAUUUGGAUGACGAUGUCGAUGACGUGGAGGAAUCGGAGCCGGAGCGGGAGCGUGUUCCUCUUCCUAGGAAGGUCAAGAAGUUAGCUAGCAAGAGGGGGGGAGCAGCCAAAAAGCGCUCAAGGAACUAGCUCUUCUUAGGAACCAGCCAUAGUCCUUUAUUUGUGGUAGCUCUAUGUUGAACUUGAUCCUCUUUGUAUGUCUUAGUUAUGUUGAACUUGGAGUUGACGUCUUAGCAAUGUU